AUGACCGUCCCUCAGAAGCAGUAUCUCAUCUCGGUCGACGUCGGGACGACGAGCACGCGCGCCAUCGUCUUUGACGAGGCCGCCGAAGCCGUCCUCACCCACCAGACCGAGUAUGAGCAGCUGUACCCCCACCCCGGGUGGCACGAGCAGCGCCUCGAGGACCUCAUUGGCACUGUCAACGAGUGCCUUGAGGGUGUGGCGAGCAAGCUCAAGGAGAAGGGGAUCGAGAAGGACCAGAUUCCGGCCAUGGGCAUCACGAACCAGCGCGAGACUACUUGCGUUUGGUCGCGGAGCACCGGCAAGCCCCUCCACAACGCCGUCGUGUGGCCUGACACGCGUAACACGGUCACUGUCCGCCUCUUGUCGCUCAAGACGCGCAAGGGCGGCGACGUUCUCAAGGAGAAGACCGGCCUGCCCCUCUCGACGUACUUUGCCGGUCCAAAGCUGAAGUGGCUACUGGACAACGUCGACGCGGUCAAGGAGGCGCACGAGAAGGACGACCUGAUGUUCGGCACCGUCGAGUCGUGGGUUCUUUGGAACCUCACGGGCGGCAAAGAGGGCGGCGUGCACCUGACGGACGUGACAAAUGCGUCGCGCACGAUGCUUAUGGAUCUCAAGACGCUGCAGUGGGACGACGAGUGUCUGAAAUUCUUCGGCUUCCGGCCCAAGAUCCUGCCCAAGAUCGUCUCCAAUGCCGAGGUAUACGGCAACGUCGCCAGCGGCGCGUUCAAGGGCUUGCCGAUCGCAGGCAUGAUCGGCGACCAGCAAGCCGCGCUCGUGGGCAACAAGUGCGUCGAGCUGGGCUCGGCCAAGAACACGUACGGCACGGGCGCAUUCAUGCUGUUCAACACGGGCCACGACAUCGUGCCGUCAAACUACGGCCUGCUCACCACCGCGGGGUACAAGGCCGGGCCGAACGCGCAGCCUGUGUACGCGCUCGAGGGCUCGAUCGCCGUCGCGGGCUCGAGCAUCCAGUGGCUCCGCGACCAGCUCGAGCUGAUCAGCAGCGCCAAGGAGAUCGGCGAGCUCGCCGGCAAGGUCAAGGACACGGGCGGCGUGUACUUUGUCCCGGCGUUCUCGGGGCUCUUCGCCCCGUACUGGGACGACACGGCGGCGGGCACCAUUGUCGGUAUGACGGCGUACACGAACAAGUGCCACAUUGCGCGCGCGACGCUCGAGGCCACGUGCUUCCAGACGCGCGCGAUCCUCGAAGCCAUGGCCAAGGACUCGAAGAAGACGCUCAAGGUCUUGCGCGUCGACGGCGGCAUGACCAACUCUGACGUGUGCAUGCAGCUCCAGUCCGACAUCCUCGGCAUUGAGGUCGAGCGCCCCGUAAUGCGCGAGUCGACGGCGCUCGGGUCGGCGAUCUGCGCGGGCGUCGCGAUGAACCUCUUCGGAUGGGAUCUGGCCAAACCAGAGACGCUCUCCAAAGUCAAUGUGCAGGGCAAGACGACGUUCGAGCCCAAAAUCGCCGAGAACGAGCGCGUGCAUCGCGUGCGCGGGUGGGACCGUGCCGUCCAGCGCGCCAUGCAGUGGAAGGAGGACGACGCGCGUGCUUCACGUACCCCGGGUGCGUUCGAGGCCGAUGCGCCGGCCGUGGGCCGUGGCAACUGA